UUUUCAAGUUCCAAGUUGUUUUCAAGUGGAAUGUAUUGUCCUUGUUUCAUAGAGAGGACAAAUUUGACCUGGGGAAGGUCACAGAAAGGAAGGAAGAACUGGCUGGACACGAUGGUGAUCUCAGCUGAGGCUGGGAGGGGAAUUCGUGAAGCUCAGGUCUGUGUUGUGCUUUCACUUGCACCGCAGGCGUUUUGCUUCCUGCAAGGAAUGGGAUUUCAACACAGCUGGAUGUUCCUGACUAAGCAGGGAGGGAAUACGUGCAGAUUUAUGGCUCCCCAGGGCAGUGGUCAGGGCACCAAGCCUGACGGAGUUCAAGAAGCAUUUGGAUAAUGCUCUCAGGCACAGGGCUUCCAUCCUCUCCAUGGAUACUGAAGGACCGACACAUUCCCUGCCUGCAACAGCUCCGGGACACGCAGCUUCAGCUCCCGAGGGAUGGAAAAUACAGAUCCAUGUAUGAACCUGAGGGAUUCAAAUCCUAUUCCCUGAUACCAGAGCAAAAACGCCAUCAGACGACAACCACCACACUGAGUCCCCGUCAGAGGGGACAAAUGGGAUUAAACUUCUGCUGGUGCAGUGCAGCCAUUCGGGUGGGCUUCAACCCCCGCCCCGCGAUCAGCGGGAGGGACCGGCCACCCGUGUCGGGGAGGGUCCGGUGUCGCAGGGGGGCCCUUAUUACACGGGCCUCGUGUCGCGUGGGUCGCCGGGGAAACGAGGGCCGCAUGUCGCGAGGUUCCCAUGUCGCGGGGGUCCCCGGUGUCGCGGAAGGCCGCGUGUCGCGGAGAGAUGACGCUUCAUUACGUCAGCGCCGCCCCCCUCCAGCGCUGCUGAGUCACGGCCCCCCCCGCGCGCCUGACGCGGGCCCGGCGGUUGCCAUAGCGACCGCGCUUCUCGCGAGAAGCGGCGGAAGUGGCGCGCGGGCGGUGGGCGCUCAUUGUUCGGGGCAGCUCCGAAGGGCUCCCGGCGCUCUGACAGGGCGCGAGGGGCCGGCGGUGUUCUCCCGGAGCUCCGUGGUUCUCCGAGGGGGUGGUUUCGGUAGCGGAGCCCGCACCGGUGAUCCUGCCAAAAUCCGAGCCUUUAAAAUAGGGGGAGGAGCGAGCAUCGCUAGGGCUUUAACUGGGGUUGUGUGGCCCAGCCUGUCACCUCACCAAUGA